AUGCAUAUCCGAGUUCUUGUGGUAUCGUCUUUACCAUUGCUGGUCUUCUCCAUUCCCACAAGCCUUCCUUACCUCCGAUUCGAUAACUUUAAAAACUUCUUAGAUGAUCUUUCCACCCUACGAAAUGAGAUCCAGGCACAAAAGAUUCGACCAGAUCUAACAGAUAACGAGAUUCAAAAAUUGAUCAACCAAGCUAAAACAGCAGAAGCAGCGGCGCCAGGCAAAAAUAACGGCGAAGUGCCUCCAUUCGGUCUAGUUUCCAAAGCAGUGAAAUACUUUGACUUUGUCAGAAAAGUUACAAAAGAUUUCCCUCCUGACAUCUCAAUAGCCUUAAAUAUUCUCGGGGAAAACGGUGUCUACAGCCCCGGCGAUACCGAAGAAAUCAUAAAAACCGCGGCCGAGGAAGAAAAGCAAGCGGAAGCCUCCGCAGAACAAUUCGAAGAUGACUUAGAUCUAUAUGGCACACCACCCACGAACGGUGACAUGAUAGCAGAUGAUGAUGAAUUCUACACGGCGAUUUCGGAUCCGGGAUUCGAUGUUCCGGUGAGAUAUGCUGCCGACAGGGUAGCUGGAGGGGGUAUUCCAGGUAUCGGUGCUAAAGUGUGGGGGGAUGAAGGGCCAGCGAGACGUACCGAGCCUGAGACCUAUGAAGAAGAAAAGCAGAGAGAUCCGCGACUUGGCGGUGUAGUAAGGAACCUUUAUGAGGAGGAGUUUAAAGAAGAAGAGAUGAACCAAGACUCGGAUGAUAGCGCAGAUCUAGAGGGUCUAAGAUGGUAUCAAAACUUUUUGGGGCCAGAGGACGGAUUCUUUGACGACCCUGAUGCUCCAGCGGGGGUGUGA